AGAUCCUCCUCCCCCAACUGUCCCAUUUCAACUACCGGACAUGCUUCUUCUUCCUCCGCUAUAAAAAAACCUCCUUCGAAAACACCCUUUCUCCUUCUCCUUCAAUGGCUUCUUCACAACACUCCCGCCCUUUCCACUGGCACGUCGCCGAGCUCGAAGACCGUCACUUCCAAAUCCAUGGCCGAACCCUCUUCUUCAUGGUCGUCCUCAUCCUCGUCACCCUCAUCUUCGCCCUCAUCUUCGUUUACGCCCGAUGGGUCUGCAGUUUCAGGCGUCACGCGCCUUCCCCUACCUCUCACGCGCUACCCGACUCUCAGCCGCGAGGACUCGACGCCGCUUUCAUUAACGCUUUGCCGGUGACUAUGUUCUCGCUCGAGGAGGCGACUCAGAGCGAGUGCUGCAUCUGCCUCGGAGUGUUCGAAGACGGCGAGAAAGUUAAGGUUUUGCCGCCGUGUAAGCAUUCGUAUCAUCCCGAGUGUGUCGAUCGGUGGCUAAGUACUGAGUCCAGUUGCCCGCUUUGCAGAGCUUCUCUCCGAGUUGAGCCUGAACCAGAGCAGCUUCAAGUUAUCGUAACUCAGUGACGACAAAAAGAUUGAAUGAAUAUUUUUUU